AUGGCGUCCGAUCCCAAGCCGCCAUCAGUAGGCGAGUCGCUCUCCGCUCCACCCAGUCGCAAAAUCUCUAUCGCCGCGGACCUUCGCGACCCGCUGCACGUGCUGCGAUGUGGACUCGCGGCGUACAUGCCAAAAGGAUCGCUACCCACUUACUCCGACCUCUUUCUCCUCUUUAUCGAAGCCGCUCCGCACCUCGUCGAGAGACUCUUCGUUGGCGCCGCUGUCGCAGGAGACAACGCUGACGUGGCAAUUUCCAACGCUCGCGAGAAUCUUGCCCAGCUCGUCAGAAAGGCUAGACGCGCCAGCACCCCCACAACCCAGGCCCACCCACCAGCAGCCCAGUCAACCGUAUUCCACCCAGGUCAACUCCAUUCUUUCCCAAACCAGGUACAAGGCAUCAGCAGCAGCAGUAAUCCAUACUUUAACUUCCUGUCAGGCCAAGUACCAGGUAGCAGCAACAGCAGCAAUCCAUACUUUAAUAUCAUGCCAGGUCAAGUCCUAGGUAACAGCAACAGCAACCCAUACUACAAUGUCGUGCGAGGCCUGCAGCAGAAGGCUGCACCUAGGAGAGGAAGGCCAAGCAAGAGGAAGAAAACGGGAGCAAGCCAAGAAGACGACGAGUCUGACGGUUACCAGCCUGUGACUUUCCGGCUCCCAAAUGUUCUUGAGAUCAUGGCCGUUGAUCCAGCAGCUGUACACGGCCUGGAUUUCUCCAAGUCGAAGACUGAAUCUUCUUCUAAGUUCGGCUGGGGGGGCCCUCGGCGUGGAUAUAAUUAUGAGGAGCUGGCAGCUAGAGAGGAUCCAAGUGAGCAGCCAUCUGCAAACGUCAGUCGUAAGCGCAAGUCGAGGCAAGCAGUGGGUAGCGCAGGCCUGGAAAAUACAGGCAGUCCUACCAAGUCCAGGAGCAUCACCAAGACGGUAAAUGGCAGCCACCAGUUCAACAUCACCGGCUACUCCCUCGCCAAGGGCAUGGGAGUCGGCAAAUACAUGUCCAGCGACACGUUUACCGUUGGAGGCUUCAAAUGGGCUAUUUACUUUUACCCGGACGGGAAGAACGCGGAGGAUAACUCGCAGUACGUUUCUCUCUUCAUCGCGCUUGCGAGCGAGGGGGCGGACGUCCGUGCGUUGUUCGAGCUGACGAUGCUGGAUCAAAGCGGACGGGGUCGCCAUAAAGUCCAUUCGCACUUCGACCGCGCGCUUGAAUCUGGACCGUACACGCUCAAGUACCGAGGAUCCAUGUGGGGCUACAAGCGGUUCUUCCGGCGAGCGACGUUAGAGACGUCGGAUUAUCUUAAAGACGACACGCUGCAGAUCACGUGCACGGUCGGCGUCGUUGUGACUGAAACGGAGGGUCCGAAGCAGCCGGUGUCGAUACCAAUUCCGCCGUCGCAGAUGGGGAAGGAUUACGAGGUGCUCCUAUACUCGGGCGAGGGAUGCGAUGUAACUUUCGACGUCGGAGAUGAAACGGUGUCCGCUCAUAGAGUCAUCCUCGCCGCGCGCUCGCCAGUCUUGAAGGCUUUACUGUACGGACCCAUGCGGGACAGGCGGGAGGGUAACAUCCCCGUUACAGACAUCGAGGCUCCGGUGUUUAAAGCUCUCCUCCAUUUCAUCUACACCGACGAUCUCCCGAGCUCGGGACCGUCCGCUUUCACGCCAAUCAUGGCUCAGCACUUGCUCGCGGCUGCGGACCGCUACGCCUUAGACCGGCUGCGAUUAAUCUGCGAGUCGAAGCUGUGCGAGACGGUGGAUGCGGAUACGGUCGCGACGACGCUGGCUCUGGCAGAGCAGCAUAACGCGAAGCGGCUCAAGAACGUGUGCCUUCAAUUCGCGGCGCAGAACCUCGCGAGUGUGAUCCAUUCAGAAGGUUUUGAGCAUCUACGAAUCAGCUGCCCGUCUCUUCAGGCGGAGCUGCUACAGGCUGUAGCAGGCGUGGGUAACAACAGUGAAAUCCUAGCUGGUACAAGGAGGCCCGCGGAUUCCAUGUGGGCUGAGGAUUCGAAUGCAGAUGGCACUGACCCUACAGGGAGGAGAGUCAGGCUCAGGUUGGGGAAUUUGUAA